GCCAGUUGCCUGCAACACCCUUUCCUUUUUGCCUUACAUUGGACCUUACGUUGUACUUGGUCAGCAGUGACAGCAGAGCCCAAGCAGGAAAGAUGGUCAUCGUAAGGAGGAGGAACGUGAAAGUGUUCACCUUUGCCUUUUUGCUCAUCACAGUAACAUCAUUUCUGCUGAACUACACACACCAGGUGACUACAUCCACCUGGGAUCUGAGAAAUUUCAUCAGGCAGUUAUCAGAGCAAGUCCAAAAACUCUUCAAGUACCCCAGAAGACCGUGCAGCUGUCAUACGUGCGUUUCUGAGUUGGGACAUUCCCUCUGGUUUGAUCAGAGGUUUAAUUCAACUAUGCAACCUUUCUUGACCUCACAAAAUGCCUUCAUCCCAGAAGACAGCUACAGGUGGUGGCUGAAACUGCAAGGAGAGAAAACUCCGAAGAAUAUUAAUGCUACUCUCAAGGAAUUGUUUGGAAUUAUUCCUGGGGAUGGAGAUCCACUGCAGGAGAGAGGCACUUACAUGUGCAGACGGUGUGCUGUUGUGGGCAAUUCUGGGAACCUUCGGCAGUCUCAGUAUGGCAAAGAUAUUGACUCCCAUGACUUUGUGCUCAGGAUGAACCGUGCCCCCACCGCUGGCUAUGAAUCAGAUGUUGGGAGCAAGACCACUCACCACUUUGUUUACCCUGAGAGCUAUAAAGAGCUGGCAGAAAAUGUGAGCAUGAUCCUGAUCCCCUUCAAAACCCUGGAUCUGCGCUGGGUUGUCACCGCCCUCACCACAGGCACCAUCAAUUUCACAUAUGUUCCAGUUCCACGGAAAAUCAAAGUCAAAAAAGACAAGAUACUGGUUUAUAAUCCAGCUUUUAUGAAAUAUGUCUAUGAAAACUGGCUCCAGAAUCAUGGGAGAUACCCCUCUACAGGCCUUCUCUCUUUGAUGUUUGCACUCCACGUAUGUGAUGAGGUCAACGUGUAUGGUUUUGGAGCAGACAGCAAAGGACACUGGCAUCAUUAUUGGGAAAACAACGCCUCAGCUGGAGCUUUCCGGAAGACAGGUGUCCAUGAUGGGGACUUUGAGUUCAAUAUAACUUUGACUCUUGCCUCCAUUGAAAAAAUAAAUUUUUUCAAGGGCAGAUGACCCUGGCUACAGGGAGAAAUAGGGGCUGCAAUUUCCAUCAUGCAG